AUGGGGGCCGGGCGCGGGCGGAUCGCCGAGGCGAGCGGCGCCCGGGAGUCCAGGGUCGCCAUCUCCGGGCCAAGGCUCGGUCGUCACGAGCUUGAGCCCACGCUCCGCAACCUGCAGCCAGACCUGUCGAAACCGCAGCUGGACGCGCUCUUCGGGCGCUUCGACCAGAACGGCAACGGCCAGGUCGAGCUCCACGAGUUCUGCCGCGCGCUGGAGGCGCCCGCCCAGGCGCGCCAGGCGAACGCGCCGCCGCUGCACCAGCCGGCGGCGACGGUGCUCGGGCAGCCCGCGGCUUGGGAGCAGGACAUCCUCACGCGGAUCGCGAGUUCAGUGGCCAGGCUCGGCCGCAGGCCAGAGGACCUGUUCCGGCAACUGGACGCGAACAAUGACGGAAGGCUCGGCCGCCACGAGUUGGAGCCGACGCUGCGCAGCCUGCAGCCGGACCUGUCGCCCCAGCAGCUGGACGCUCUGUUCCGGCUGUUCGAUUCCGACGGCAACGGCGAGGUGGAGCUGCUCGAGUUCUGCGGGGCGCUGGACAACCCGGCAGGCCGGCGGCGGGACCGGGCGCCAGCAUCCGCGCAGGGCCCCGCGGCGGUCGGGUCGCAGCAUGACGUCCUCGCGCGCAUCUCGAGCUCCAUCGCGAGGCUGGGCAGGCGGCCCGACGAGCUCUUCUUCCAGCUCGACGCCAACAGGGACGGCAGGUUGACCCGGCAAGAGCUUGAGCCGACUCUCCGCAGCUUGCAGCCCGACAUUUCCCCCCAGCAGCUCGACGCGAUCAUCCGCCGUUUCGACAUCGACGGCAAUGGCGAGGCGCCCAGGGAUAUCCAGACAUGCGGAGGCUGCAAGAGGCUCGAGCAUCGUUUCAGUUUGCACGAUGGGAUCAGGGACGCGGACACGAACUUGCGUUAUGUCUUUAUAUUGUCCCUGACUCCGCCCGCGUAG